AUGGUGCUCCCGCCCGUCCACGUCCGCGUCGCCCGCCUGCCUCGCCUCGCCCCGCGCGGAGCCUGGCACGCCUCCGCCGCAACUACCCUGGCGCUGCACCUCCGCGCUGGCGUUCGCGCGGCGCGCUUCUCCGCGCGGGCUGCUUCCGUGCCCAUGGAGCGUCGCCGGCUGCUGCUUGUCUCCAACUCCACCCUGCACGGCGGGGGCUACCUGGACCACUGCCAGGAGCACAUCCGGAACUUCUUGGGAGCGAAAGUAAAGAGCGUGCUCUUUGUCCCCUAUGCUCUUCAUGACCGAAUUGCCUAUGCUAAGAUGGCAAGAGAAAAGUUUGAAAGCUUAGGCUAUGGACUGGACAGUAUCCACGAGUCACUUGACCCAGGAGAAGCUGUCAGAAAAGCUGAAGCGAUAUUCAUUGGUGGUGGCAAUACGUUCCGUCUUUUGAAAGCUCUUUAUGACAACGGCCUGAUACAACCAAUCCGGAAAAGAGUCCUUGAGGAUGGGGUCCCAUACAUUGGGUCCAGCGCUGGAACCAACGUAGCAACCAUCAGCAUCAGCACAACCAAUGACAUGCCCAUUGUGUAUCCGCCUUCUCUGCUGGCCCUUGGACUGGUUUCUUUCAACAUCAACCCACACUACUUAGAUCCAGAUGUUAACAGCACUCACAUGGGGGAAACCCGUGAGAAGAGGAUAUUGCAGUACCAUGAAGAACCGGACACACCUCCAGUCUUGGGUUUGCGUGAAGGAUCGCUGCUCCUUGUGGAAGGAAACAAAGCUACCCUGCAAGGGAAAACAGGGGCUCGGCUGUUUGUGAGAGGAUGUGACCCCACGGAACACGCAGUUGGAGCAGAUUUCAGCUUCCUGUUGAAGGAGGAUGCCAAGAAGCCAUGACUAUUCUUGAUGCGGACCUGAAGGUGCCCUGCCCCAAGCCUAGGAGAAGGGGCAGUGCCUUGGAGCAGGGUGCAGACAUCUCAGUGCCCAGUAGCUGCUGGGGACAAAAUGCCAGGCCUGAUACCCGGGCUAAGGCAGCGCUUCCCACAGCAGAGCCCCAGCGUCUCUUCUAGUGGGAAGGUUCAGCUGUGGGAAAUAGGCUGCGAUGAAGAGUUGCUGCAAGCAAACACAGCUACUUGUCUUCCAAAAUGGAUGUUCCCAGCUUCCAGGUGGGUCUGAGUGUGGGUAGCUCUUUGGCAUAAGCUGGAGAACAAAACUUGCAGCAUAGUGGCAGUGAGAUGAUUCAUCUCUCCCUCCUGAUCUAGCUCCUAAAUUUUAUAAAAGCCUUUGCAUUCCUGCUUAACAAAAUGUUUUCUGGGAAAUAAAGAUGCUUCAGUGGUCAGCAA